AUUCCAAACCUCCUAAAAUUACCCCAAAUAAGCAUCAAUUUCAUUCAUUUCUGAUUAAUUUAUCCAGACUAUAAAUAUAAGAAUACUUCAAUACAAAAAAUCACAGUCGCAGAGAAAAGCGAAAACAGAAGAGAUUUGAAAAUUCUAGGCAUGGAUUUGUUGCCGGGAGAGUCGUCGCAGAUCUUGAGCAAGACCAAACUACGCUUCCGCUCGCUCAAGCUCGUUAAUUACAAUGAAGACGACAUCUUGGCGGCGACGCCGUACGCCGUCGACUACGGCCGCCUUAGCAAUGGCCUCACUUACUAUGUGCGCGCCAAUUCCAAGCCUAAAAUGAGAGCUGCUCUCGCUCUCGCCGUUAAGGUUGGUUCAGUUCUGGAAGAAGAGGAAGAGCGUGGAGUCGCUCAUAUAGUUGAGCAUCUAGCUUUCAGCGCCACCAAGAAAUACUCAAACCAUGAUAUUGUCAAAUUUCUAGAAAGUAUCGGGGCUGAAUUCGGUGCCUGUCAAAAUGCUAUGACAUCAGCAGAUGAAACUGUUUAUGAGUUAUUUGUUCCUAUCGACAAGCCUGACAUAUUAUCUCAGUCCAUUUCAGUCUUGGCGGAGUUCAGUUCUGAGGUCCGCGUAUCAGUGGAUGACUUGGAAAAAGAAAGGGGAGCUGUACUCGAAGAGUAUAGAGGAAGUAGAAAUGCUAAUGGAAGAAUGCAGGACGCUCACUGGGUUCUCAUGAUGGAGGGCUCAAAAUAUGCAGAGCGAUUACCUAUUGGACUCGAAAAGGUGAUCCGUGCAGUUAGCCCCGAGAUUGUGAAACGGUUCUAUAAUAAGUGGUACCAUAUGCAGAAUAUGGCUUUGAUUAUUGUUGGGGAUUUUCCUGAUACGCAGAGUGUUGUCGAGAUGAUAAAGACUCAUUUUGAAGAUAAAAAACCAGAACUUGAUCCUCCUCCGAUACCGCAGUUCACUGUCCCAUCACACGAGGAGCCACGUUUUUCAAGCUUUGUGGAAUCAGAAGCAGCUGGGUCAGCAGUGAUGAUCAGUUGCAAGGUUCCAGUGGGUGAGCUGAAAACCGUGAAGGAUUAUAGGAAUUUACUCGCCGAAUCCAUGUUUUUCCAUGCUUUGAACCAAAGGUUCUUUAAAUUGUCUCGUAAGAAUGAUCCACCCUACUUUUCAUGCUCAACUGCUGCUGAUGUUCUCGUCCGUGCAACCAAGGCAUAUAUAAUGACCUCAUCUUGUAAACAAAAUGGGACGACUGUGGCACUGGAAUCAAUGCUGACUGAGGUUGCUAGGGUUCGUGUACAUGGAUUCUCUGAACGUGAAAUAUCUGUUGCCCGUGCCCUUUUAAUGUCAGAGAUUGAAUCUGCCUAUCUAGAGCGAGAUCAGAUGCAAUCGAGCAACUUAAGAGACGAAUAUAUACAGCAUUUUCUCCGAAAUGAACCUGUUGUUGGGAUUGAAUAUGAAGCACAACUUCAUAAAACUAUUCUACCUCAUAUAUCAGUUUCUGAGGUAUCCCAAUAUUCAGAAAAUUUCCGGACAACAUGCAGCUGCGUAAUAAAAACAAUUGAGCCUCGAGCGACUGUAACGGUAGACGAUUUAAAAACGGUUGUUUUAAGAGUCAAUACUUUGGAAGAAGACGGAGGCAUUUCCCCUUGGGAUGAGGAAAGCAUCCCUGAAGAAAUUGUUAGUAUAGAGCCAAAUCCAGGUCAUGUGGUGCAGCAGGUUGAGUAUUCCAGCAUUGGUGCAACUGAGCUGAUUCUGUCAAAUGGCAUGCGAGUUUGCUAUAAAUGCACAGACUUCUUUGAUGACCAGGUCUUAUUCACAGGUUUUUCUUAUGGGGGUUUAUCCGAACUCCAAGAUAGCGAUUAUUUCUCGUGUUCGAUGGGCCCCACUAUUGCUGGUGAAAUUGGUGUAUUUGGUCAUAGACCUACAGUUCUAACGGAUAUGCUUGCUGGUAAAAGAGCUGAGGUUGGCACAAGCAUUGGAGCAUAUAUGCGAAGCUUUUCUGGCGAUUGCUCUCCUUCAGACUUGGAAACUGCAUUGCAGUUGGUAUAUCAACUUUUCGUUACGAAGCCAGAACCAGGGGAAGAGGAUGUGAAAAUAGUGAUGCAAAUGGCAGAAGAAUCUGUUCGUGCACAAGAGAGAGAUCCUUACACUGUUUUUGCCAAUCGUGUGAGGGAGAUCAAUUACGGGAACUCCUAUUUUUUUCGGCCAAUCAAAAUCAACGAUCUACGGAAAGUUGAUCCGUUUACAGCUUGUGAAUAUUUCAACAAUUGCUUUAAGGAUCCCUCGACUUUUACUGUUGCCAUUGUCGGGAAUAUUGACCCAUCCAUUGCUUGUCCAUUGAUACUGCAAUAUUUAGGAGGGAUACCAAGACCUCCCACGCCAAUUAUGAAUUUCAAGCGCGACGAACUCAAAGGCUUACCGUUUACUUUUCCUUCCACUGUAAUUAGGGAAGUUGUUCGGAGCCCCAUGGUGCAAGCCCAGUGUUCAGUCCAGCUUUGCUUUCCGGUUGAGCUCAAGAAUGAAAAUAUGAUGGAAGAUAUUCACUUGACUGGAUUAAUGAGCAAGCUUCUGGAAACAAAGAUACUGCAAGUCCUUCGUUUUAAGCAUGGACAGAUUUACUCGGCUGGAGUUUCUGUGUUCCUCGGUGGUAACAAACCUUCAAAAGUCGGCAACAUUCGUGGAGAUAUUAGUGUUAAUUUUUCUUGUGAUCCGGAAAUCUCAUCAACACUGGUUAAUCUUGCCUUGGAUGAAAUCUUGCAUCUUCAAGAAGAGGGACCUUCAGAUGAUGACGUGGCGGCCAUCCUUGAAAUUGAACAAAGGGCCCAUGAAAACGGUUUGCAGGAAAACUAUUAUUGGUUGGAAAGAGUUUUGCGCUGCUAUCAAUCGAGGAUUUAUUCUGGAGAUAUUGACGCUUCUUUCAAGAUUCAAGACGAGGGACGUAAAGGAGUAAGAAAUAGAUUGACACCACUAACAGCUCAGUCAGCAUUGCGAAGAAUAAUACCUUUCCCUUGCAAAAAGCAGUACACUGUUGUCAUUCUAAUGCCUCAGUCAUCCCGUUUUACGAAAUUGAAAUCUUUCAUCACCUCUAAAGAUUCAAAGAUUUUGGUUGGCAUUGCUGGCUCAGUAGUUUUGGCUCUUUCUCUAUGGAGAUACUCUCGACGAGCUACCAAAUCCUAGUCGAUGGUCAUAUUCAUACAUCUCGACUCAAUCACAUCACUUCAAAAUUAGGAAGAUUUUAAUUGUACUCGUCUCGCUUUAGUAAAAAAAUCAUGAAAGGUGGCCUCAAAAUUCGAUUUUCAGUGACUAGUGACUCUGAAUCUCAGCUUUAUGUGAUUGAUAUAUCUGCUAAAAAACAUUGUUAGUUAAAAUGUUGGGAAUGACGCAGAUCUUCGGAGAUCAUUUUCUUUGAAGUUUUAUUUUGGCUAUAGGAGAAUACUAACCUUUCCUCACUUUUUUUAUGACAAAUCAUUCAUUAUACCAAAUAUUUUCCUUCUGC